AUGGUCCUGGAGCUGUGGGUGAGAUUGAGGAGUCUUAAUACAUGCCUUUUGGAGAUGGUGCUCCGUUCCGACCUUCGGGUUUUGCUAGUAGCGCCGCAGGAGGCUAUAACGACAGGAAGGUUGAGCCAUCUGUUGGAGGCGUUCGUGGCUUUAGGGCGCGCAGCCGAGUUCCUGGAGGAACACUUUGGGUUACUAGUAGCCACUGACAUCGCUCAGUGUGUGAUCGGCGCCAUCUGUAGUGCGUACGAGUUACUUAUCGCCAUUUCGGGAUUAUCCUCUACGAAGAUACUAAUAUACAAUAAAUCAGUAAGUACGUCGGUGCUGUGGCUCGCCUACCACUGCCUCAAGCUGGUUGCCAUAGCGUUGUCCUGUGACGCAUUCGAGAACGCGGCGAGGCGUACCGGCGUGAUCCUGCGGAGGUCACCAGUGCUGCGCUCUUCGUUCGCUGGCGAAGUGGAAGCCUUCCUGCGUGUGACGUCGCAGGACUCGCUUCUGCGCUUCACAGCUGCAGGAUUCAUCGAAGUCGACCGACGUCUGCUGGUUUCAGCACUUUCUGUUGUCAUAACAUACCUUGUUAUUAUUGGUCAGUCUGCAGUUAACUAA